GGCAUUUCAAAAGAAUGUUUUCAAUUUCUCCAGUGACGGUACUCCUCAGCGCCGUUGUCGGCUUUUUUCUCUUUGAUCCCAAAGCCCUGCCUGGACUCUGGCAUGCUCGGAUCUUCACCAUUCUCGUGCGACACCUAGUCUGGAAUCGCAAUCGCGCCCUCAUCUCGACCCCAACGCCAUCCACAAUCUUCCGCCCGCUGCGCACGCGUUCCUACUGCUCCCUCGCCGAGAUCGACUUCAACCUUCACAAAUCCAACAGUACCUUCUACGCCGACCUCGAUGUGAGCCGGAUCGAAUUACUAGUGGCGUUGUUUAAAGAUGCCAUCACUCCCCUUUCUCCCCGCCGCACCCUGGCCUCCUCGAGCCCCUACAGUCGCCGUCAUCGGCGCGGACCCCUCAUUGCCGCCCUGGGCGGGGUGGCCUGCAUUUUCCGCCGCGAGAUCAAGCCCUACCAGCGCUACGAGGUUGUAUCUCGCGUCUUGACCUGGGAUGAUAAAUGGUUGUAUAUUGUCAGUUACUUUGUAAAGCCAGGGGGCCGCCACGCAACGGCGGAAAUCCCCGAAACCCAGAUCCUGGCCUCCGCAAUGUCCAAGUAUGUGUUCAAGAAGGGCCGGCAGACGAUGGAACCGGAUGGCGUGCUGCGGAAUCUGGGUCUCUUGGCGGAAUCAGAUGAGGCUAUUCCUGCUGCUGCUGCUGCUCCUGCUCCUGCUCCUGCUCCUGCUCCUGCGGCUGAAUCGUUGUCUUCGACUCCUGCACUGCCGCAGCAGGAUCUGCGCGAUCACGCCGGAGCCACUUCGGGGGCCAAGCAGGCUGUUGACCGGUGGAGCUGGGCCCACGUGGAGUCGGAACGACAACGUGGUCUGGUAGUCGCGGCGCACAUGGCUGGGCUGACGGGCUUGCAGGAAUUGGGGGUUUCGACACUGGGUAUGCAGCAAGGGUGA